UCACCCUAGUGUGCUGUUGCAACCCUAAAAUUGCUCGCCUAGUUCCUAGGCCGUUGGGGGUUGGCUCGUUAGUUAUCUCUUUCGGCAGUAGGGUUAUUCCAUUCGUCUGCUCGUGCGAGCCUUAUCCGCUGAGCUGAGAUUGCUCUUGUAGGUUCUCGUCGCUACGUCUAGCAGUGUAGCCGCUGCAUAGUCGCUCUAUCGUCGCGUCUGAGUAUUUUCGCACGCCAGCUCGCAGCGAUCGAGGAGGGAUGGGGACGGCGGUGGCGGACGACGAGGUGGUGGAGGUGCGGGGGGAGGACGGGGAUGAGGGGGAGGAGGAGGGCGAGGCGAAGGGCGAGUCGAGCGACUACGAGGACUACGGCGACGACGAUGACGACGAUGGGUAUGGGGAUGGGGAUGGGGACGACGACGAGGGGGAGGCGAUCGACGACGACACGCAGGGAGGCGGCGAGGAGGAGGAGGAGGAGGGGGAUUUGACGCAAGACGCGGACACCCCGCGCGGCCGCGAGAGCCAGUUCAAGGUGCUGUCGGAGGCGGACAUCGUGAGCAAGCAGGCGCGGCUGGUGCGCGAGACAGUGAGCUUCCUCAACGUCUCGGAGUCGGCGGCGGCGCUGCUGCUGCGCUCCUUCAAGUGGAGCGUCAACCGCGUCACCGACGCGUGGUUCUCGGACGAGGACGGGGUGCGCAAGCGCCUGGGGCUCGUUGCCCCCGCCGCCGCGCCCGCCGUCCCCGCAGAGGCGUCGUCGUCCGCGGCUGUCCCCGCCACAGUGCGCUGCGGCAUCUGCUUCGACGACCACCCGCUGGAGUCGACGGUCGUGAUGGCGCUGUGCGGCCAGCACCGCUACUGCGUGCCCUGCUGGCAGUCCUACGUGGCAUCAGCCGUUGCCGACGGCGCGGGGUGCCUCUCCCUGCGCUGCCCCGCGCCCAAGUGCGGCGCAGCAGUGGAGGAUGUGCGCAUCCUCGCGCUCCUGGGGGACGCGGCAGCGCCCGCUCAGGGGGACGCGGUGGGGGAGGGGCGGGGAGAGGGGGAGGGGGAGGGGGGCGUGAGCGCGGGCGAGAAGGGGAAGGGGAAGGCAGUGGGGGAUGGCGGCGCAGCAGCAGUUACGGCGUCAGCAGCAGCCGGAGGUUCAGGCGCCAUGGCACGUGAGACUGCUGCAGGCGGUGCUGCUGUUGCUGCUGGUACUCCUCCGGGUGCCGGGCGCUCUGGCAAGGCACGGAGGGUGAAAGGCGCAUCCGCUGCUGCCUAUACUGCUGCUGCUGCUGCCACUUGGUCGGCACAGGGAGGGGGGGAGGCUGUUCCUUGUGGUUCGGCUGCCGGAGAGAAAGCAGCGGGAGCGGCGGAGGCAGUGGGGAACUCAACAGCGGCUGAGGGAGCAUCGGCAGCAGUAGCAGCGGCAGUAGAGGGCAGCGGAGCAGCUUUCCCAUGCGGGGCGGCGGUGGCGUUGGCGGCGGUGCGGCACUACCGGCGGUACCUGCUACGGUCGUUCGUGGAGGCGAGUGAGAGCGUCAAGUGGUGCCCCUCGCCCGGCUGCGACUUCGCCAUUCAGACAGAGGGGGGCGGGGGCGCUGUGCCGUGCGCCAUGGGGGGGGGAGGGACGCGCGGGGGGAAGAUGAAAGGCAUGAUGGAGGACGAGGAGGAGGGCGGCGGGGGCGGGGGGGGCAUGUGGGGCAGUGGCAGCAUGAGCCGUGACGUGCGGUGUGCGUGCGGGCACGAGUGGUGCUGGCACUGUCUGCAGGAGCCGCACCGGCCGGUGGAGUGCGAACUCGUGCGCAAAUGGGUCGUCAAAAACAGCGCGGAGUCGGAGAACAUGAAGUGGAUCCUGGCGAACAGCAAGGCGUGCCCGCGCUGCCAGCGCCCCAUCGAGAAGAACCACGGCUGCAUGCACAUGACGUGCUCGCCGCCCUGCCGCCACGAGUUCUGCUGGCUCUGCCUCGGCGACUGGAAGGAGCACGGCGAGGGCACGGGCGGCUUCUACGCGUGCAACCGCUAUGAGACCGGGAAGAAGCAGGGCGAGUACAGCCAGGAGGAGGAGCGGCGGCAGCGCGCGCGACAGUCACUGGAGCGCUACCUGCACUACUUUGAGCGCUGGGCCAGCAACGAGCAGUCGUGGCGCCGCGCACAGGACAGCCUCAAGGAGGUGGAGCAGCAGCAGGCGGAGCAGCUGCGGGGGCUGAUGGGGCUGCCGGCAGCGCAGAUGAAGUUUCUGGCGGAGGCGUGGCAGCAGAUCAUCGCGUGCCGCCGCAUGCUCAAGUGGACCUACGCCUACGGCUUCUACCUCUCCGACCACCACCCCGCACGCAGAAACCUCUUCGAGUACCUCCAGGGGCAGGCGGACGCGGCGCUGGGGUGGCUGCACAAGGCGGCGGAGAAGGACGUGGAGGCGUUCAUCCCGGCGCACUUCAAGGGCUCCUUCGACGCCCACGCCCUCCCCGCCCACCCCGCCGCCCUCUCGCCGCAGCAGCGCCUGGCCGACUUCCUGGCGUUCCGCUCGCACCUCACGCGCCUCACCGCCGUCACCAAGACCUUCUUUGAGAACCUGGUCAAGGCACUCGAGUCCGGGCUCUCUGAGAUUCCUGAGGACGUGGCGGGGGGUGACAAGGCUGGCGGCGCGGGGACAAGGGAUGGGCGAGGGGGGGCGCGGAUGAGAGUUGAUGGUGGGGUGGGGGGAGCCACCAGCAGCGGGGGGCAAGCGGUGCGACAGGGGCAGGCGCAGGGGCAGGGCGGGGGAGGGGCAGCAGGGGAGGGGGAGUACUGGUUGUGCGUGCACUGCACGUAUGGCAAUCCGAGCGGCAGCGGGGAUGUGUGCCGCAUGUGCCACUUGCCAAGACAGCCCCACUGACCCCUUGACCCGUUGACUCACGUGCCCUUGGAUGAUGCGGUGCGUGCAUGGAUGCAUGCAGCAUGCUGCAAGAAUGGUACCAAGCCCCCUUGUGCUGUAUACGCAUGUGAAACACCUUGGCAUCGAGUGUAAUAAAUGAGAGGUGCCUUA